AUGGCACGCUUCUUCUCCUUGCAAGUCCGAAAAACAGUCUUACCACUCCUCCUCCUCCUCCUCCUCCUAGCACAACACGCUGCACCACAAGCAACCCACCAUGCCCCAGAAACCAAAGCUUCGUCUCAAGCACCACAAGCCACAUGUGCGGCACCCCAGACCAACACAACGACAUGGUUUCUCUCACGGGUCCCAGCAGACGCGUGGGACAGCCACAUGCACAUCAUCGACGCGAUACGCUUCCCGUUGUCUGCAUCGGCAACGUACACCAUAGGCGUGCACUCGCUGUGGUCGGGGCUGGCGUUUGAAACGAGCAUCGCCAUGACGGGAUUAGUUAUUGUGCAGCCGUCGGUAUACGGCACCGACAACACACUGCUGCUGCAGGUGCUCGGGGCGCUGGGCCCCAGUUCGGCGCGCGGCGUCGUCCAGGUCCCCGUUAAUGUUUCGCGCGCAGAGCUGCGCGCCUGGCAUCGUGUCGGCGUGCGCGGCGUAAGACUCAACUUGCAGUCUACGACGGAGACGCUGGACGCGGCGGCGCUGGCGCUUCGCGUCAAGGCGUAUGCGGAGAUUGUGCGCCCGCUGCGCUGGGUGCUGCAGAUAUACACGGGUAUGGAGCGGCUCCGCGAGAUCGAGGACACGUUGUUAGGACUCAAUGUUACGCUGUGUUUUGAUCAUUUUGCGGGUCCAGCGCUGCCUGCUUUGGCACCGGGAGAGCAGGAUCAGUUCGAUGUUUAUAGCGUACCCGGGUUUGCGUCGUUAGUACGGUUGCUGCAGCAGGGACGCACAUAUGUCAAGUUUUCGGCGGCGUACCGGGUGGAUGGCCAGGGUGUGGCUUUGGAGAGCGUGGCGCGCGAGAUGUUGAGGCUGAGGAGUGAUAGAAUGGUUUUUGGGACGGAUUGGCCACACACGAGGUUCGAGGAGUACAACGUUGGACCGUUUGUGCAAAGGUGUCUCGAGUGGGCUGAAGAAUUUGAUUGUGUCGAGGAGCUGUUUAGUAGCAAUGCGAGGAGGCUGUGGGAUGUGCAAGAGUAA